AAAGCUGGCUGCUGCUCAGGCAACACUCUCUUGGGAAACUGCAGAGAUGGCAGCUGUUUGGAUGCUCGUCUGUGUGCUGACUGUUUGUCUGGCCAGAGAUCUGUCUCCCAAUGAGAUCUCCUUAAAGAAAGCCUUUGCACUUUUCCAGUCGAUGGAGUCCAUGUUAGACCGAGAUGCUAGAGAAGUACAACUGGAAACCAAUGACGUGGAAGCUGAGGCGUCUGGUCACCAGAAUCCUGAACAAAAGCCCCAGAGCGUCAACGAGACAACAAAUGUCCAGAACCAGGUCGUAACCAGGGACAACGGCACGACGGAGGGCAUCCAGAACCGGGUCGUCAUUAGGGGAAAUUCCACUGCGGGGCGUGACCUAAAAUGGGUCAUCAUAGGAGGCGACUCCACAACUGAGGACGUCCAGAACCGGGUCGUCAUUAGAGGAAACGCCACGGCGGGGGGCGUCCAGAACUUGGUCAUCAUUAAGGACAAAGCCAAGACGGGGGGCGUCCAGAACCUGAUCGUCAUUAGCGAAACCGCCACAGCAGAGGCUGUCCAGAACCGGGUCGUCAUUAGGGGAGUGGCCAAGGAGGGGGACGUCCAGAAAUGGGUCGUCAUUGGGGUAGACUCCACGACUGGGGACGUCCAGAACCGGUUUGUCAUUUGGGGCGAAGCAACGACGGGGGGUGUCCAGCAGAAAAACGGCACGACGGGGGGCGUCCAGCAGAACAACGGCACGACGGGGGGUGUCCAGCAGAACAACAGCACGACGGGCGGCGUCCAGCAGAACAACGGCUCGACGGGGGGCGUCCAGCAUGAGCACAAAGUACUCCUGGAUACCCAUGAAGUAGACGAGCAGUUGUUGAACGGGACGAUGACCGACGAGGAAAAGUUCAACGGGACGACGAGCGAAGAGGAAAAGUUCAACGGGACGACGAGCGAAGAGGAAAAGUUCAACGAGACGACGAGCGAAGAGGAACAGUUCAACGAGACGACGAGCGAAGAGGAACAGUUCAACGAGACGACGAGCGAAGAGGAAAAGUUCAACGAGACGACGAGCGAAGAGGAAAAGUUCAACGAGACGACGAGCGAAGAGGAAAAGUUCAACGAGACGACGAGCGAAGAGGAAAAGUUCAACGAGACGACGAGCGAAGAGGAAAAGUUCAACGGGACGACGAGCGAAGAGGAAAAGUUCAACGGGACGAUGAGCGAAGAGGAAAAGUUCAACGAGACGACGAGCGAAGAGGAAAAGUUCAACGGGACGACGAGCGAAGAGGAAAAGUUCAACGAGACGACGAGCGAAGAGGAAAAGUUCAACGAGACGACGAGCGAAGAGGAAAAGUUCAACGGGACGACGAGCGAAGAGGAAAAGUUCAACGAGACGACGAGCGAAGAGGAAAAGUUCAACGGGACGACGAGCGAAGAGGAAAAGUUCAACGGGACGACGAGCGAAGAGGAAAAGUUCAACGGGACGACGAGCGAAGAGGAAAAGUUCAACGAGACGACGAGCGAAGAGGAAAAGUUCAACGAGACGACGAGCGAAGAGGAAAAGUUCAACGGGACGACGAGCGAAGAGGAAAAGUUCAACGAGACGACGAGCGAAGAGGAAAAGUUCAACGGGACGACGAGCGAAGAGGAAAAGUUCAACGGGACGACGAGCGAAGAGGAACAGUUCAACGAGACGAUCAAUACAUAUCAUAGAUUCAUCUCGUAUUUUUUGAGUGCCUUGAAGAGCUUGAUAUCUGAGUUGUUAUCUUAGCAGCAAUAUAAUAAAGCGUGUAUACAUUUCUUGAAUAACAGCGUGUCAAUCCAAUGUUUGUAUUGCAAUGCUUGGCUCUUAUCAUGCAGACAUCUUCCCUUAACAGUCCAAUGAAAGCUCAUCAGGACUAGAACAGUCUUUAACUCUCAUGCUACAUAGGAUUAGCAUACAUUGGUCAUGUCAGUAAAAGGGAGAAGAUUAAACGUGCAAUGUUUUGAGAAAUGUUCAUUAGAAAACCUUGCCAUCCUUCCAAAUGCAGCCUUUAUUGCAGGUUAGUCUGAAGUAUGCACU